UAUAAGAGGUCUAGUGUCAGUAUGCGUUCGACUGCCAAUCGCCACGUAAAUAAAAAUAUUUUGCUACGAAAUAAACCGAGUAUAUUACAUUCUUAUAGUAAUAAAUUCCAUACAGUCCACAAAUUUAAAUUCGUCACUUAACAAUGAUUCUAGUCGAGUAAUAUAUUGCAUAAUUUGUGGAUAAAUUGUUUCUAAAUCCAAAUCAAUUUUUACAAAACAAUUUAUUCUUGUCCAAAAACUCUGUAGAUAUUAUUAAAGUAUCUUAACAUUCUUAAUCAUGGGCAAAAUAACCAUACCUUGGAUUCCUAUAAUAUUCACAGUAACACCUAUUAUAGGUGGUUUAAUUGGAGGUAUUUUUGUUCGCAAAAACAUCAGAUGGUACGAGACAUUGAAUCUACCAUACUGGAGGCCUCCAAGUUAUUUAUUUGCUCCGGUUUGGACUACUUUGUAUUUAGCAAUGGGAUAUGCCUCAUACUUGAUAUACCGUAGUGCAGGUGGAUUUUCUGGGGAAGCAAAAAUUCCUCUGGCAUUGUACGCAUCACAAUUGGUUUUGAAUUGGGAUUGGCCACCUUUAUUCUUUGGGCUUCAUAAGUUAAAAUGGGGUUUAGUUGAAAUUUGUGUUUUGUGGAUAAACAUAGCUAGUUGUAUUGUAACGUUUUAUAAAAUAAACAAAGUGGCUAGUUAUUUAAUGAUUCCAUACUUAGGUUGGGUGUCGUAUGCAACAGCAUUGACAUAUUACAUAUAUAAAAAUAACCCUGAAAUAUCAGACAAAAGUUAAUGAUGAAUAAUUGUAUUUGUAUUACAA